AUGGGCGACGCAAGACUGGCAGAGAACGCGCAGCUCUACAAAUCAAUGGGUCUGCUGCUGCAGAAAAAUAAUAUCACCCGGGAUGUGCGUGAGGAUUUCGACGAUAACCGCUGCUUCUGGCCUGAGGAGAUUUGGUCCAAGCAUGUCGACAAGUUUGAAGACUUGUUCAAGCCAGAAUAUCUUGACGCUGCUCUAAACUGCAGUUCCGAGAUGGUCCUUAAUGCUUUGCUGCAUACAUGCUACUGCUUCUCCUAUCUUAAGUGCCUGCACGACCAAAGCGUCUUCAACUUUUGUGCCAUUCCUCAAUCCAUGGCCAUGGCUACUUUUGAGCUAUGCUUCCGCAAUCCGGCCAUGUUCCAGCGCAACAUCAAAAUCCCCAAGGGCGAUGCUUUCCAGUUAAUGAUCGAGUCCAGCAGAGACAUUAUUGUUGUUUGUGCCAUUUUCCGCCGUUACAGUAUACGGAUCCAACAGAAGAACGACCCCGCGGACCCCAACUUCGCGGAGAUUAACAAGGCACUGCUAAUGGUUCUACGGAUUCAGAGCUAUGCCGACACCAUCGGGUCGCAACAAGCUGGCAAGAUGUUGGUCGUUGGUACGCGACGCGCCCAAGGAAAGUGGUCCAACCCUCAGCUGGCAUUCGCCAGUGUUGCAAUCACAUCGACCCUGAUACUUGGAGCUGCCUUGGUUAUGAAGGGCCAAUUUGAGUUCGCCUGA